UCCAGUUAAAUAACUCGAAUAACCCUAAAGACUUACUUGAGGAAAAAUUUAGUCUUCGUCUUUGUGCUACACAGAGUGGAAGUGACUACAAUUUCUGGAUCAAAUCAACUAACACCACGAAGUGAAGAUGCCAAUAAACGGUGAAGAAGCUAAUGACAUUUACAAGGUGAUGCCGGACUUCGUUCGCCCUGAUCUUCCAUCGAGAUGUACCUGGUCAGUCGGCAAAGAUAAAACCGAGAGCCCUCAUUCACAAUGGAAAUUUGGAGAGCGCCCCAAAAUUAUGCCAAACAUUCUACAUGCCAUUGGACACACGCCGCUCGUGAAACUGAAUAAUAUCCCAAAAGCUGAGGGCAUUGAAUGCGAUAUGUACGUGAAAUGUGAAUUUCUUAAUCCUGGCGGAUCCGUGAAGGACCGCAUUGGCUACCGAAUGGUGGCAGAUGCAGAGGAGAAGGGACUCUUGAAGCCGGGAUGCACAAUAAUCGAGCCAACUUCUGGGAAUACGGGCAUAGGCUUGGCAAUGUCGUGCGCUGUUAAAGGGUAUAAGUGCCUUAUCGUGAUGCCGGAGAAGAUGUCCAAUGAGAAAGUGAAUGCGCUGAAGGCGCUCGGAGCUAAGAUCAUCCGAACGCCUACGGAAGCAGGCUUUGAUUCACCAGAAGGUCUCAUUGCUGUCGCACAGAAGCUUCAAAAGGAAAUUCCGGAUUCAAUCAUCUUGGAUCAGUAUCGCAAUGCGAGCAAUCCGGUUAGCCACUAUGAUGGAACAGCAACUGAGAUACUCCAUCAGAUGGGCGGUCAUGUGGACAUGGUUGUCUGCGGUGCGGGAACAGGAGGAACGGUGUGCGGAAUAGGGCGUAAGAUGAAGGAAGAAUGCCCAAGUUGCGUUGUUGUUGCCGCUGAUCCCGAAGGAUCCAUUCUAUCAUUGCCCGAAGAACUGAACAAGUCGGAUGUGUCCUUCUACGAAGUCGAAGGAAUUGGAUAUGACUUUGUUCCCACUGUCUUGGAUCGCUCCGUCGUGGAUUUGUGGAUGAAGUCCAAUGACAAGGAGUGCAUGCCUUUGGCAAGGAGGCUCAUUUGCGAGGAGGGACUGCUUUGCGGAGGAUCGAGUGGAACAGCAUUGGCAGUGGCGCUCAAGGCUGCCAAGAAGCUGAAGAAGGGUCAGAAAUGCGUGGUCAUCCUGCCAGAUGGUGUCCGGAAUUACAUGACCAAGUUUAUCUCGGACAAUUGGCUCGAGGCAAGAGGACUUAAAGAGGCAAAGAAUGUCCAUAAUUUCUGGUGGUGGAAUACAAGAGUGGACGGAUUGAAACUGAAUGAAUUAGUCAAAGUCAAUAUCACUGAUAUGGUUCAGGAUGUAGUACAAGUUCUCAAGAAGAACAACACUGAAUACGCCGUGAUCGUGGAUGAGAAGGGAAUACUUAAAGGAGCAGCAACGCUUGGUGAAUUGAUGAUUAAGAUGGGCAAUUUUAACCUUCAGGCCAAGGAUACAAUCGAUCGUGCAGUCUUCAAGCAGUUCAGAAAGAUUUGCAAAACCACCAAUUUGGGACUGGUUUCAAGGAUUCUCGAGAACGAUCCUUUCGCCGUAAUUGUAGAGACAAUGGCGAAUACAGAAAAGAAGUGUCCUCAUGUGGAAACAGUUUGGGAUCUUGAUCCCAAUUUCGAAAGCCCCGAUACAGAAUCACGAUUGUGGGCAAAUGCUGAGCCUCCGAGUCGCCCGUUAAAACCUGAGCUCAAGAAGAUCUUACCGAAUAUUCUGCAUGCUAUUGGACUUACUCCUGUGGUCAAACUCAAUAAAAUUCCACAAUCUCUGGGAAUUAAAUGUGACAUGUAUGCAAAAUGUGAAUUUCUGAAUCCUGGCGGAUCCGUGAAGGAUCGCAUUGGCUACCGAAUGGUUCUGGAUGCAGAAGAGAAGGGACUUGUGAAGGAAGGAUCAACAAUCAUUGAACCAACGUCUGGAAAUACCGGAAUCGGUGUAGCUCUAGCAUGUGCCGUCAAAGGCUACAAGUGCAUAAUUGUUAUGGCAGAGAAGAAUUCCAAUGAAAAAGUAGAUACGCUGAAAAUCUUGGGCGCAGAAAUCAUUCGCACUCCAACUGAGGCUGGAUAUCUAUCGCCACAGGGAAUUUUUGCGGUGUCUCAAGAUCUACAGAAGAAGAUACCCAAUGCUGUUAUCAUGGGACAAUACUCAAAUCCGAGCAAUUGGCUAGCUCAUAAAGAGGGCACAGGAUCUGAGCUUCUCUGGCAAUUUGAUAACGAUAUUGAUAUGAUUGUCGCUGGAGCAGGAACAGGAGGAACGGUUUCAGGCAUCGGAAAGGCAAUGAAGGAAGGUUGCCCGAAGUGCAAAAUUGUAUCUUUCGAUCCCGAAGGAUCAAUUCUUGCCCGACCAGAAAGUCUCAACAAAAGCGACGUGAGUUUCUUUGAGGUCGAAGGGAUUGGCUAUGAUUUCAUUCCGACGGUUCUCAAGCAUGAGCACGUCGACGAAUGGUACAAGAGCAAUGAUUCCGACGCAUUUCCGAUGGCGAGACGCCUCAUUGCUGAAGAGGGUCUUCUCUGUGGCGGAAGCAGCGGAUCCGCAAUGAGUGUAGCUUUGAAAGCUGCAAAGAACUUGCAGGCCGGGCAGAAGUGUGUCGUUAUCUUGCCUGAUGGCAUCAGGAAUUACAUGACGAAGUUCGUGUCUGACAAUUGGAUGCAAGUUAGAGGAUUCCUUCCUCUAGAAAACACUCACGAGCACUGGUGGUGGAGUAACCAUGUGGACGAAGUGCCGACAAAUGACUUGAUCACUCUGAAAUCAAAUCAAACUUGCCAGGAAGCCAUUAAUGUCCUGAAAGAGCAAGGACUUGAUCAACUGCCUGUAGUUUCUGACGAAGACUAUCUUCUGGGAAUGGUAACUCUGGAAACACUGAUUGUGAAACUUGGAGCUGGCGUGGCUAAAGAUGAUCCUGUUGCGAAAGCUCUCAACAAAACCUUCCGAAGAGUUACAUAUGAAACCAACUUGGGGCUUUUAUCUAGCAUUCUGGAAAAGGAGCCCUUCGUCAUUGUAACCAGAGCUGUUCCAGUGCAAUGCUCGAAGCCAAAAGAAGUAGUAGAGAAAAUCAUCACAAGAUCUGAAUUUUUGGCCUACAUAUCCAAUCAUGACAACGAUAGAAAUAAAUUGGAAUAAAUCUUAUAACUGAUACAUAUUUUACAAAUUAUAGCAUUCCUUGUUAUGUAUUGAUAUGAUUUUGACAAAUUAUAAUGCGUGAAUAAAGCAGAAGAAUAAAAUAUAAA